ACGCCAUCUAGCGACCUUUAGCGCCCUUUUGGGAAGGCUUUAGCUACUUUCCUUUGAAAAUAGUUGGCAACACUGCGCCAGCUUACUCAUGCCAUCCGAGGAGCGGUGACCGAUCGGACGCCAUUUCUGCAUCUUAAUUUUUCCUCUUCUUAAAGGACCUGUGAAGCUCUAAAGAACAUCUUUUUGAGUUAUUCUGUCAUUGUGAAGAAACAUCUUGAAGAAUGAAAUGCCUGGUGUCUCUGAUAUUCCUGGUGCUCUUCUGUUCUGUGCUGGUGAGCGGAAUGCGUGUUGAAUCACAAAGAUGCUGUUUCUCCUUUACUGACCGUCCUCUGCCAAUCAAACUAGUGGCCGAUUACAGCAUGACAAGCCCGCAGUGCCCCAAAGAAGCCGUGCUGUUCAAGACCACAAAGGGCCGUCAGGUGUGCGCCAAUCCUGCUGAUUCAUGGGUACAGAAGCACAUCCAGACCAUUGACAGCAAGCGUGUCUCGAGUGCUGCACUGUAAAACCUAACAGUGAUAUGUACUAAAUAAAAUUGAGUUCAUUGCACUCAAAUAUUACCGAAAGUUAUGUGGACACAAUAACUGAAACAGAACUCAAACUGAAUGAGUUAUAGAAAAUUAUAAUUUCCAGCAUGAUAAUUGGAUAAUAAUUGUAUAAUUAAGUGAUGAUUGAGCAUUAGUAAUGAACACCUGCUGUUAACAAGCAGAAUCACUGAAGAUCAGAGAAACACAAACUAAAACUGACUUCCAGCCACAGCUAUGGAUGAAAUCAACUGAAGAUAAAAGAAGACAUUAAAUCUCUCAAGAGAUCUGUUUGAUUUCUCUCCAAGAUUAUUCGGAGUGUCUAUUACUAAGUGUGAAUUUACAGAAGCCCUGCCCAGCAAUGUCAUACAAGGUUAAAAAUCAACACACUUACUGAAUGGCUUCAGUGGAGUAGUGUGUUGAGCACGAUGAAGUAACUUGUGACAUGAUUGCCUGGGUUCAAAUCUGCUUUCUGUCGAACUCACUACUCUCCCUUUUCCCAUCACAUAUAACAUCAGAAAGGCAUUGAUUUUCAAUAAAAAAUUAUGUUAAUUGCCUAA